GCUGCAUUGGCAGGAAACAAACACAUUUAUCCAGUUAAUUUAUAAAAAGAAGCCUCAUUUCUGAUGCAUUUCAUGAAAGUUCAUUUGCAUGAAUACCAUGAAUGCAGCGAUAACAUUUCGGUAUACUUCAGAACUCAGUCAGAUUGGUAAUAUGUCAAUAUGAAUUUUAUUGAUUAUUUUGUUUAGCAUUUGUUGAAAUAUACCCCCCAAAAAAUUGUUAUAUGUAUUUUGUGACAAAUUGGAAACAAAUUCUCCAGUGCAAUUAUAGGAAUACGUUAUUUAAGAUAUAUAUUUAAUUGCAUAAGGUAUCCUCAAGUCCUCACCUUUCUAACUUUCCUUUUAGUUGUCAUAAUAUAUGCUACAACUUUCUAAUAAGUAAAGAUGCUUAGAAAGAUUAAAUUGCGUUGCCUUGAACACAAAAUUUCAUCGUUUUUCUAUACUGCCUUUCUGGCAAUUUGGUAUUUUAUACUUUGUUUGUCAGGUUUCGCGUUCUAUAUAUAAAAGCAACUGAAUAUCGCCUUAGUAAAUUUCAGAUAUUUUGCGAAAGCAGCUUAUUCUUCAAAGACAUAGGACGGCAUACAUGUUUACUGAUUAAGUUUAUGUAGAACGGUAAUUAAAUAUCCGCAAAUUAACAUCUCGGGUUCGCCCAGCUGAACUGAUCAUUGCAAUACAACAAUAGAGAAAAUGUUUGCUAAUUAUUGCCUCAUAUUGAGGGAAAUAUGUUUAUAUUGUAAUGAAAUUGUACUGAAGACACUAAAAACUUCUUUAAGUACUAUCCUCGUAGGCGAUCGCACGUAGUUUCCUUGCGAUGAUUCCUGUCAACGAUCAGCUCUAGCCAAGUUAAAUAAUCAAAAAACCACAAAUGGAAACCACUAAGCUUACUUCAACACAACACUAAAGUCAUGAGAGUGAAAAUAUUUUGUUCACAUAAGAACUGAAUUGUUGGAAAGUUCGCAAAAAGAUUCAUUUAGAUCAAUGCGACAGUAAAUUGAAUCCACAACAGGCUCAGCCUACCGUUUUCUAAUUUUAUGCAUUUUUUUCAUAAAACGGCACAAAGGAUGUGCCGAAACGCUUUCGUAUUAAGUCCCAAACUAAUCAAAAAGUCAAUCUCGGCUGAUAAUUGCAAUAUUUCAUUAUCUUUUGACUGAUUAACACCUGAUAGCAAUAUAAAGUACUUGGAUUAUCUUUUAAAAGCCAGUCCUCAAACUGAAACAUCACACUUUUCUCUUUAUCUCCAUAAGAGCAGCAAACUGUUCAGUUACAAGUUCUGUUCAAGAAAUGGAGAAGGAUAAAGGGUUUUUUAUCGAAAACAUUUUAAAAAACACCAAGUUGGAUAAAUCUGAGAAAAUCUCUGAAGAAGAAGAUGCAGAAAGAGUGAAAAGUGAAAAACGAGAUGCGAAUGAUCCGGAGGAAAAUGAUUGGUUAAAUCCAGGAUCUUCAUGUAAUACUUCUCGUAUACUUGGUAUUCUUCCCACAGUGUACCCUGUUAUCAGCAAUCGUCUCGACACACAUGAAGUUUCGUUUUGUCAUGACGACUUCUCGACCUCAAACAAGACAAAAAAUGAAGACAGCAGCACAUCUAACGUCCCAAAGAAACGAAAGAGAACCGCCUUUUCUUCGCAUCAGAUCAAAGUUCUUGAACAGGAGUUUGAAAAUAAUAGAUAUUUGAGUGUUUGCAGAAGAAUGGAGCUUGCUGCUGGCCUUAAGUUAUCAGAGACUCAAAUUAAAAUAUGGUUUCAAAACAGAAGGACCAAAUGGAAACGGAAGCUUGCCGCUGACCGAGAGAUGGCGUUGGCUCAAUCGCACUAUGCUAUCCAUAGCUCAUUAAGAAAUCCUAGUGUGUUUCUUCCUCAAAAUUAUUCUUUGAACGCUUUUCAAACAAACGUCCGUUAUUCAUUGUGUCCAUUGCCUGGAAUUUACGGCGAAUAUUAACUGUGUUUUUGCAUGUUUACAAUAACUUCGUUUGCAGUUACCGACUGAAGUGAUAUAUAAUAUUUUUCAUUUUACAAAAUUCUCGCUAGUGUCACUGACGCUUAAAAAGUAAACAUUAGAGCCUGUUGAUUUUAAGAUCAUAACAAUGAUAAGGUAAACUAACAAGAGCCAAACUCUCGUGCACACAUACAUACACGAUUUUCAGAAAGGUCUUGUUAUAGAAACUCGAGAAUUAAAAUAUGUCAGUUGCAUUGAUGUAUAUGCAUGUGAUUAUAUGUAUAACGUUAGUCAUUAAAACUGUAUGAAAACUGAAACCCAUGAUGAUGGAAGGUCCACUAUUCAACACAUUAUUCUAUACAUUAAACUACGGCUCAUACUAGACAUUUCAUUUAAAAAUACACACAGAACGAAGGAUAGAUGUGAUAUUUAUGUUUAUAUAGAGAUUUAAGGUAUGUCCAGUGCCGUGGAACUAAUUUUUGAAACUAUAUAAACUGUCUGAUGCAUAAUAGCACAUAAGUAUUUGUCUGCUCUGACUUCUCAGUGAGCAAACAGAGUCAAAAUGAAUUACUGCACAGAGCAGCACCUGACUAAGUUAGACUAACCUCACUAUUGAUGUGGUAUGAAAUCUACCAAUGCAAUUAUUCUAUAAAAUAAAUUACAAAUGAUAAAUUUACAUUAUUUGAACUUCCUCUCUUUAAUCUAACAACUUCCCUCACUAUAUAAUGACAACCUAAAAUAUCUCAGUAAUUUCUCUUUCUAUAGCUAUUUGUGUUAGCUAUUUAGCGAGGCCGCGGCAAUUGGCUUAUAAAACGCGGAAAUUGAAAGCACCCUUAAGACUUGUUCCAAGCUCGUCGUUUCUUUUUUUCAGAAGCUAGGUUGAGGAUUGAGAACAGUAUAGCAGGGCUUUGAAAUGAGUGAUUGUGCUAAGUUAAAUAAUUUAGAUUUGUAUGGGCUCCCUGUAUGUAUAGAAGAUAUUGAUUGAAUGUAUACAUACGCUUAUAUAUAGCUACUGCAUGCAAAAACAGUAACUGAUUAAAAAUUGUUGAGUACCUCGGAUAUAUUUUAUAGUACCAGCUUUUCUUGGUCAGUAAAUGUGAAACAACUAAAAUCGUGGUGAAAACAAGUAAUUUUUUGGUUGUUUUCACGAAAUAAAAUUAUUCAAAGUUAAAGAGGUUAAUCAAAGACAAUUAAUUUUUAAAUUAGUAAAUUGUUUUAACAAUAUGCUUUUCCAUAGUAAAAAUCAGUUGAUCCAGUUUGUCUGGAAUUUUGAAAGAAAUAUCAAAAAUCUCUGAUGGCAAUAAAUUAAUAAGAUUCUAUUUUAAUUGAAUAAGAUGUUGAAAGUU